CAACCCGCACGAGAUUUUCGGCGGAUGUUGAUGUUUUUCUCCGGAUUUCUAUGCCGUCGUUUCUCUUCUCGGCCGUGCGAUCUGCGUUAUUGCCAAUAUUUGCUUAACGUGAGCGAAACACGGUCUUUCUCGGCGCUUCUUUCGGGAAGCAAAGAGGCCGAGGCGGGGGGCGAUGAUGGAGGACUUUGAUGAGAUUUACGAGGAGGAGGAAGAAGAGGACGAGGACAAGGCCGCGGAGGAGCAGCUGCUCAAAUACGCUCCGGACCCGGUGGUAGUGUGCGGAUCCGGGCACGUCACUGUGUUUGGACUGAGCAAUAAAUUUGAGUCUGAAUUUCCCUCAGCCCUUACAGGAAAGGUCGCACCGGAGGAGUUCAAAGCCAGCAUAAACCGUGUGAACGGCUGUCUGAGGAAGGCUCUCCCAGUGAAUGUGCGCUGGCUGCUGUGUGGCUGUCUGUGCUGUUGCUGUACUCUGGGCUUUAGUCUGUGGCCGGUCAUCUGUCUGAGCAAGAGGACACGCAGAUCCAUAGAGAAGUUAUUGGAGUGGGAAAACAGCAGAUUGUAUCACAAGUUGUGUUUGCAUUGGAGGCUCAGCAAAAGGAAGUGUGACACGAACAACAUGAUGGAAUAUGUAAUCCUAAUAGAGUUUAUGCCCAAGAUUCCCAUCUUCAGGCCGGAUUAGCAGUGGCGGGCUGGAGCUCAUCCCACCGGCGUGGUCUUCCUGAGGUGCCUUUCUCCGGUACUGUCAUGGUCUUAUCAUGUGGCCUCGUCCUUUUUCCCUCCACACUCUGAGCAAGAGACUCACCUCACGUCCGAGCGCCACUUACAGCACUCCUCACGAGAAAGCACUGUUUACAACACACACAUACAUAUGCACAGACCGUUUUGGUUUUGCAAGCGCAUGAAUACACACAGAGAGACCUUUACUGUCACAUGACUACGCGAAGUCUGUGGGGAGGCCACGGGAAGUAACUUCUGAAGCUCCAAACUGGAACGUCUACUAUACGUUAAUCAGAUCAUACAGACUGCGCAGUGUGCACUAGCUAAGUGACGUCCUGUUGCCGACACUGUGGAACGGAUCAGUGCAGAAUGGCUUGACGAAGCGACAACUGUAGAAUUAAAAUCUUUUAUUGUAUUAAUUAAAAAAAGAUGGAUGUUAGGAAUGAUUGAUAUGGAUUUUCAGUUAGCUGAGAGCCAAAUGGACACGGUCAAUGCACAAUACAUAGUUCCCCAUCUCUCCUUCU